UAGUUCCGUAUCCGGUGCUGACACAUGGGUGUCCCGAGCAGUUAUAAAAUCUGUCUAUCCAAAUUUGUGUCUUUCAUAAGUCUUCAAAAAUAACUUUUAAUUCAUCCUUUUCAAUACAAUGUCCGUCCAAGUCCAGCAGGACCAUGUUGAGGAGGUAGGGCGGAUGUUAGCGGACGGUUCGCGGCCGCUAACGGACAGAUUCCGGGCUCUCUUCACGUUACGAAACCUCGGCGGCCGGGCGGCGGUAGACUGGAUCUCCAAGGCUUUUGAGGACCCGUCGGCACUUUUAAAGCACGAGCUGGCGUACUGUCUGGGGCAGAUGCAGGACCCGUACGCCAUCCCUGUACUCAUCAGUGUGCUGAAGGAUAAGGGACAGGAACCCAUGGUGCGGCAUGAGGCAGGCGAGGCCCUGGGUGCCAUUGGUUCUGCAGAAGUGCUGGAUGUACUGGAAGAGUACACUAAGGACGACUCUGUAGAGGUUGCAGAGACCUGUCAGUUGUCCGUCCAGAGAAUCCGUUGGUUGAACAGUAAGCAGUCACAGGAAGAGAACCUGGGGAACAACCCUUACUCGUCCGUGGACCCUGCUCCCCCCGCGCCAGAAAUGGAUGUGUCAGAGCUGAGGACGGUGUUGUUAGAUGAGACCGUCCCGCUGUUUGUGAGGUACCGGGCCAUGUUCACUCUCCGGAAUAGGGGUGAUCAGGACGCGGUACUAGCACUUGCUGAAGGUCUAAAGUGCAGCAGCGCCCUUUUCCGACACGAGAUCGCGUACGUUCUUGGCCAGAUCCAGCACAACGCCUGCGUGCCCCAGCUCAUCGAGGCGCUAGAACGGAAAGAUGAGAAUCCGAUGGUCAGGCACGAGUGUGCGGAGGCAUUGGGCGCUAUCGCCGAAGAUGCGUGCACGGACAUACUACAGAAGUACGCUUCUGACCAAGAGAGGGUUGUACGAGAAAGCUGCGAAGUCGCUCUAGACAUGUUGACUUACGAGAAUAGCGAGCAGUUUCAAUAUGCAGACGGACUAUCAAAAGUACACGCAGAAGGAAAGAUCGAAAACGAUGUCUGAUACAAAUUGAUAUUUACCUUGUUGUAUUAUUGUAGCCAGUUGGUAGACAUUUAUUAAAUGAGACUGUUUUAAUGUGUUUUAAGCACCUCCUUAAACACAGGACUCUCAUUUUACGUCCCUUUGGAAAGAUGGCGUAACUCCAACCAGGGAACCGCUUCUCGUAUUAGAACCAGGUUCUCCCAGUUACUAACUGAUUGAAACCAGGAUGUCAACCGUUUUGCCCUGGCUGUAUUUCUCUCUAUGCAGCUGAAUAAAUCAAAUCAGAUCAAAAUAAACUGUGUAGCUGCUACCAUUUGAGCCGCAGGGACAUCCUUCUAUGUAAUACGCUUUUAACAUUAAAAAAGAAAAUUGUAAUUCAUGUGACAUUUUAGUGUACAGUG